AUGUACCUAGAAAACCAUUCGCAUAUUCGCAAACUUUGGCUCUACUACACCGAGAAAGGUUGGAAGGUGGCACAGUCAUUCCGCGAUCUCAGUAACUUCUCGGCGAAGGAACAAUCAGCCAAAGCCAAGGACAUGGGAUCUGCCCCUAAAUCUGCCAUAUUCAUCAGCAGAUACUGCUAUGGAUUAUCUCGUCAACCGUUCGCUGGAAAAAUGGCUGGGUAA